AUGAUCACACUCACAAUUGUUAGACAUGGUGAAUCAACAGACAAUCUGAAAGCGCUGUGGGCAGGAUGGUCUGACGCUCCUUUGUCUGUACAUGGUAUGAAUCAAGCUAAAGCUUUAGGAGAAUCAUUCAAAACCACUAAAGUAGAUCAUAUAUUCGCUUCUGAUCUACUAAGAGCUAAUUGGACUGCUCAACAAAUACAUCGUAAUCAACCUGAACCUAAAUGUCCAUUCACAACUUCCGAGUUGUUACGAGAACAGAAUUUCGGUGAUGCCGAACGUAAACCGUUUGGAGAAAAAGGAGGAUGGCAAAGAAAACCAGGAAGAGACUUCAAAUUUGAUAAUGGAGAAAGUCCGAACGAUGUUCGAGCGAGGGCCAACGAAGCAAUCAAUAGGUUUAUCGAACCCAUCAUCGCUGGUAAUCAUGGAUCAUCACCGGCGUCAAAACAUGUAGUCGUUGUAGCGCACGGGAUCUUCAAUGCUGAAUUCUUAGGUGCAUUGUUGGCUAGAAGAAGGGAUCAUAAACCAUUAGAAUGGGGUUAUAAAGGCAUGACAAAUACCGGAUGGACAAGGGCGGAGAUAGGAUAUAUAGAUGAAUUUUCUCGUUCACCUACACCUAAUAUAAUUACCAAUCCUUCAGGUCCAGUGUCACCUUCUUCUUCACCAUCGACAUCACCUCCUACAGACGAAGAUGACAACUUGACUCCCGGGCUGAGUAUGAGAAUACUUUGCACCGACGUGACGAAGCAUUUGGAAGGUGUUCAUAGGCAGAAAGGUGGAAUUGGAAGUACUGGGUUCGAUGAAAAGCAAGGUGAUAUAAGGAAAUUCUUUGGUGGUGGUGGCGGUAGUCGGUCAUAG